CGACCCACACUGAGACGUCCCCUCCCCGCUCCGUCCUCUCUCCUCUGCCGCCGAGACGACGCGAUGGCGGGGUCCGCCGCCUUGCCGCCGCUCGCCGCCUUCGCGUCGCUCCUUACCGCGCGGCGCUUCGCCGCCGCCAGGUCCGCGCUCCGGUCCCUGCUCACGCCGCGCCUACUGGCGGUGCCGUUCGCGGACCUCGCCGCCUCGUCGCUCCCGCGCGGCGCGCCGCCGCACGCCGUGGUGGCGUUCCACGACAUGCUCUUCCGCGCGUACGCGGACGCGGGCGCGGCGUGCCGCGCGGCCGAGGCGCUCGACGCCGCCGUGUCCCGCCUCGGCAGCCUCGACCCGCGCUCGCUCACGUUCUCGCUGCUCUCGCUCCGCCGCGCCGGGCGCCUCGCGGACGCCGCGGGCCUCCUGGAGCGGGCGCUCGGCUCGUGCCCGGGCUCCGUCUCGCCGUUCGCCGCGUCCGUCGUCGUCGACGGGCUCUGCAAGUCGGGGCGCGUGGACGACGCGCGCCGGCUGCUCGACGAUAUGCCUCGCCACGGCGUGAGUCUGAAUGCGCUGUGCUACAACUCGCUGCUUGACUGUUACGUGCGACAAAAGGAUGACGGGCGGGUCCAGGAGAUUCUAGAGAUCAUGGAGAACGAAGGCAUCGAGGCGACGGUCGGGACGUAUACGAUCCUUGUGGAUAGUUUGUCGACCGCCAGGGACAUCAGCAAGGUCGAGGCUCUGUUUAAUGAGAUGAAGGCGAAUAAUGUUGUGGGGGAUGUGUACCUGUACACCGCUGUCAUCAACGCGUAUUGCCGAGCAGGGAACAUGCGGAGGGCCGCCAAGGUUUUGGAUGAAUGCGUUGGCAAUGGCGUUGAGCCAAACGAGCGUACAUAUGGUGUAUUGAUCAAAGGGUUCUGCAAGAUUGGGCAGAUGGAGGCUGCAGAGAUGUUGCUGGCAGACAUGCAAGGGCAAGGUGUAGGGCUUAACCAAAUCAUUUUCAAUACCAUGAUUGAUGGCUAUUGUCGCAAAGGGAUGGUGGACGAUGCUCUUAAAAUAAAGGCGGCCAUGGAGAAAAUUGGCGUCGAACUGAACAUCUACACAUACAACACACUGGCCUGUGGACUGUGCAGGGUGAAUAGAUUGGAUGAGGCAAAGACUCUAUUGCACAUCAUGAUCGAGAUGGGUGUCGUGCCAAAUUACGUCACUUACACUACACUGAUCAGCAUACACUGCAAGGAUGGCGACAUGGUGGAGGCUAGAAGGCUGUUCCGAGAAAUGGCAGAGAAAGGGGCGACGCCCAGUGUUUUGACCUACAGUGUUAUGAUUCAUGGGUACGCCAAGAAGGGGAGGAUCCGUGAGGCUGAGAGGUUCAGAAAGGAGAUGGAGAAGAAAGGGUUUGUUCCAGAUGUAUACACCUAUGCAUCGCUAGUUCAUGGGCACUGUGUCAAUGGGAAGGUGGAUGUGGCGCUGAAGCUAUUCGAAGAGAUGAAGCAGAGGGGAACGGAACCUAAUGUCGUGGCCUAUACGGCUCUGAUAUCAGGUCUGGCGAAGGAAGGGAGAUCAGAGGCGGCGUUCCAGCUGUAUGAUGAUAUGCUGAAAGCUGGAUUGAUCCCAGAUGACUCCCUAUAUUCUGCCCUUGUAGGAAGCCUUCACACAGAUAACCGGAAAGAUGUUAAGGUUUCUUAGGCAGCUUCGCUUUUAAGGGAAAGCAACCUAAGUUUUUGUAAGUUACCCUGUAGCAACUGAAGAGGUCGGAAGUCCAGAAUUAACUCCAUAAUGUUAUUCAGUUUACAAGGUGGGAUGGAGUACUAGACUGUUGCAUUUCAGUUAAAUGACAUAAGGAGAUCUCAGCUAGCUGUGAUGAAGCAGCAAAAUUGCAGAAAUGAUUACAUGCUGACGUGCAAUAUUACAUGGCCACCUCCAGAUUCCAAUUCCUCAUUGGGUAACAAAUUUUAUUUUUGUUUUAAGCAUGUUUAGAACACUGGAACAAUAGGAGGCUGUGCAGAUUUUAUUUCAAGAUUAAGUUUGUAAUAGUAGUAUUAGUAGUCAUGGAAUUGUUACAAAACAAGCAGUUCUUGUACAUUACUCUUGAAAUUGCUCACUGUUAUAGAGAUAUUUGCACUUGGAAACUUGCUGGUAUAUAUUAAAAAAAUGAAUACUUCA